AUGCGAUUGCUAUUUGGUGUCAUCGCCGUCGUCGUCGUCGCCCUGUUGCACGAUGCAGCAGCCGCGAAACGUGAGGCGCCGCUGAACAACGGCUACCUGCCACCGUCAUCGUCCUCGCCCCAGAGGCCGUCCUCCAAGUACGGAGCACCGCCGCCCAGCUCCUAUCUGCCCCCAGCCUCUGGCCCAGCACCCUCCUUCAAUGCUGGCCCGUCCAGCAGCUAUGGCGCUCCCCCUCAAAGUAGUUCGUCGGGUGGUCCAUAUCCGGCAUCGGCCCCCCGCCCCUCUAGCUCCUAUGGAGCCCCACCGCAGCGACCAUCCUCCAGCUACGGGGCACCGCCCAGUCGUCCCAGCCAAUCGUACGGACCUCCACCACAGGCCAAGAAGCAUCACCAUCGUCGUCCGUCUUCCAGCUACGGGGCUCCUCGACCAGCACCCCCCUCUUCUUCCUAUGGAGCGCCUGCACCACCCUCAAAAUCUUAUGGCGCACCCCCGCAGCCAUCAUCGUCUUAUGGAGCUCCUGCACCCCCUUCCAAGUCUUAUGGCGCACCCCCGCAGCCAUCAUCGUCUUAUGGAGCUCCUGCGCCACCCUCAUCGUCCUAUGGUGCCCCCGCUCCUCCAUCCUCUAAGUAUGGACCUCCCAAGUCUGCGCCGUCAUCCAGCUACGGAGCCCCGAGACCAGCACCACCUUCCUCUUCUUACGGAGCACCUGCACCACCAUACAAAUCGUAUGGUGCACCCCCGCAGCCAUCAUCAUCUUAUGGAGCUCCUGCACCACCCUCAUCGUCCUACGGCGCACCCGCGCAGCCAUCCUCUUCCUACGGGCCACCCAAGUCCGCACCCGCACCCGCACCACCAUCCUCCAGCUAUGCAGAACCUUCCCAAGGUCCCACAAACUCGUACCUGCCUCCCGUCUCGCGGCCCUCGAAGCCUUCCUCGGACUACAAUGCGCCCAGUGUGAGCAGCUUCGUUCCACUUGCAUCGGCGCCCUCGACCAACUAUGGUGCUCCAUCGAAGACCCAGACGCUGGGAAGCAGUGGAUACACCUCGGGGCCGGCCGCAUCCUACGAGGCGCCAGCGGCACCUCCCUCCUCGUCGUACGGUGCUCCAUCGGUCUCCUCAUCGUUCCAGCCAAUCUCAGCACCCUCGUCCAGCUAUGGAGCUCCCAGCGCCGGAUCCAGUUCUGGCAGCUUUUCCUCGGCCCCUUCUUCGUCCUACGGUGCCCCAAGUAAGGGUUCCUUCCAAUCGGCGCCCUCCAGCUCUUACUCUGCCCCAAGCCCAAGCGCCAACAGUGGAGGAUCGUAUCCUUCCGCUCCUUCGUCAUCGUACUCCGCCCCAAGUCCUAGUGCUAACAGCGGAGGAUCAUACCCAGCGGCUCCCUCGUCAUCGUAUUCCGCGCCAAGUCCUAGUGCCAACAGCGGAGGAUCUUACCCAGCUGCUCCUUCGUCCUCGUACUCCGCACCUAGUCCUGGUGCCAAUAGUGGUGGACCGUAUCCAUCGGCACCAUCCAGCUCGUACGGUGCUCCCAGCGCCAGCUCGAAUAGUGGCGGACCCUAUCCGGCUGGCCCAUCCUCUUCGUACUCCGCACCCAGCAGCAGUUCGAACAGUGGUGGACCCUACCCAGCGGCUCCCUCAUCAUCGUACUCCGCACCAAGUCCCAGUGCCAACAGUGGAGGAUCGUAUCCUUCCGCUCCCUCGUCAUCGUACUCCGCCCCAAGCCCUAGCGCCAACAGUGGAGGAUCGUAUCCUUCGGCUCCCUCGUCGUCGUACUCCGCACCCAGUCCUAGUGCCAACAGCGGAGGAUCCUAUCCUUCCGCACCAUCCAGUUCGUACGGUGCUCCCAGUACUAGCUCGAAUAGUGGAGGACCCUAUCCGGCGGCCCCAUCCUCUUCGUACUCCGCACCCAGCAGCAACUCGAACAGUGGUGGACCUUACCCUGCUGCACCAUCCAACUCGUACUCGGCGCCAGCUGCUCCUCCCUCGUCUUCUUAUGGUGCCCCAGCCACAGGACCCUCAUCUUCGUACAGUGCUCCCUCCACGUCAUACGGUGCUCCCUCGUCGGGAUCUAGCUCUGGAAGCUUCAGCUCUGGAUCUGGCUCUUCUUUUUCGACAGCUCCUUCAUUUGGCUCGUCUUCGUCCGCCUCGGGAAGCGGUGGCUAUCCCUCGGCUCCGUCCUCCUCCUAUAGCGCUCCAUCCAGCUCGUAUGGAGCUCCUGCUACUGGUGGCGACUCAGCUCUGAGCUUUCCCAGCGGUCCUUCGUCCAGCUACAGCUCUGCACCUGCCAGCGGAUCGUCCAGCUCUGGUUCGUACCCCAGUGCACCGUCGUCCUCGUACGGGGCACCCGCACAGGACUCCGGCUACAACUACUCCGGUCCCAGCCAAGUGCCCGAGACCAUCCAGCAGGGCUACAGCUCCGACGGCGGCUACACCUUCCGCAAGAAGAAGUGAGCGGUGGUGAAGCCCUGCAUCGCAUCCGCCAAGUGCCUUCGAAUACUCGAAUCGAACCCAUCAUCAACCCGUCAUCGCUUUCAUCUCCAAUGCGUCGCCAUUUGUUUCUUAUCUGUAAAUUAUUCCCCGAAUGACGCCC